AUGUCGUACAAAAAUUAUCAAAAUGAAAACAGCGCAAUAGCAGAGGAAGCAAAGGUAGACAAGAACGAAAAAAAAAUAAAGGACAACAUUUUGUUGAUUAAAAAAAAUAUGAUAUACGCAGAAGAGAAUUUAGAGAACUUAAAAAAUAAUUUAAUUUCCAAAAGAAUUAUAGAAGCUUUGCAUGAAGAAAUACAACAAAUAUAUGUUAAGGUUAUCGAAACAGAAAAUUUAUUUCGUGAAUGGGAAAUUAAAUUUGCUGAAAACCCUUUUGAAAAACAAAAGAAAAAAUAUAUUUUUGAAAAAUUGAAUAUCCAUUUUAAAAAUGAAGUAAAUAAACUAGAAAAUAUAUCCAUCAAUGUAAAAAAAGCUGCUAACGAAUUGCCUAAUAUUGAAAAUGGAGAAAUGAAUUAUAGCAACAUAAAAAAUGCAAAAAAUAAAAAAUUGAAAAAAAACAGUAUGAACACUUUUGGAACAAACAACUCUACCGAAGAUAACUUCAUUCUCCACGUAGAUGAUGAUUUUGUGGAUAAUGAUGAUUUCAUAGAAUCUGCCAGUGUCUAUGAUUAUGAAUUAGAUCAGUUUAACGAAAAUGACCUUUUAAUAGAAAGUGAAAUAGCUACUCAGAGAUUCGAAGGAAUUAAAAAAAUCCAAUGUCAAGUUGCUCAAGCACAAGAAGUUUUUAAAGAUUUGGCAAAUCUUGUAUUCACCCAAAAAGAAAAUAUAGAAGUUUUGAAUAACAAUAUAUAUGAUGCUAAUAUAAAUACAUUUAAUAGUUCUAAGGAAUUAAAAAAAACUUAUCAAAAUGUGAGACAGCAAAGAUUAUCAUGGUGUCUUGUCGUUAUAACAUUGUUUAUAUUUACAUACUUUAUUUAUUUCAAGUUGUUCCACCUGUCCGUGUUCAGUUAG